CUUCACUGUGCCCUAUUGCGCGAGACAGGAUAGACAGAAGCGCUGCACAGCCCAGUUGGUCGCCGCUGCACGAGAGAAUAACGAGCGAUGUCUGAAGCACCUGUGGAACCGGUGGUGGCUGCUGCCCCUGCCCCAGCCCCAGCCCCUGCUGCGGCCCCUGCUGCGGCCCCUGCUCCUGCUCCUGUUCCUGCCCCUGCUCCUGCUCCUGUUGCUGCUCCUCCUCCCCCUCCUCCUCCAGCUCCUGCUCCUGCUCCUGUUGCUGCUCCUCUCAUUCUUUCUGCUGCCUCCCCGGCCGAGGUGCCCCCUGUGGUGGUGACCCCACCGCCUCCACCACCCCCACCACCCACCGCACCGGCACCUCCACCUCCAGCCCCUGAACCAGCACCAGCACCAGCCGCCCCUGCACCGUGCCCUCAUCACCCGCCCAAGGUUGUCAAGAUGGCCGUGCCUCCUUCCUACUCUGACCUGGGCAAAGCCGCCAAGGACAUCUUCAGCAAAGGCUAUGGCUAUGGGACCGUCAAGCUGGACCUGAAGACCAAGGCACAGAGUGGAGUUGAGUUCUCCACGGGCGGCUCCAGCGCUGUGGACUCGGGCAAGGCCUCGGGCACCAUGGAGACCAAGUACAAGGUGCCAGAGCUGGGCCUCACCUUCAACCAGAAGUGGAACACAGACAACACCCUCACCACCGAGGUGUCCAUGGAGGACCAGCUUGCCAAGGGGCUGAAGUUGGCUUUGGAUACCUCCUUUGUCCCAAACACUGGUAAGAAGAGUGCCAAGCUGAAGACGGGCUACAAGCGGGACUACGUCAACGUGGGCUGUGACCUGGACUUCGACCUGGCAGGCCCCACGGUGCACGCGGCCGCCGUGCUGGGCUACGAGGGCUGGCUGGCCGGCUACCAGAUGGCCUUCGACACCGCCAAGUCCAAGCUGGCCCAGAACAACUUCGCCCUGGGCUACAAGGCCGGUGACUUCCAGCUGCACACCAACGUUAAUGACGGCACAGAGUUCGGUGGCUCCAUCUACCAGAAGGUGAACGGCAGUCUGGAGACGGCGGUGAACUUGGCCUGGACCGCUGGCAGCAACAACACGCGCUUCGGCAUCGGGGCCAAGUUCCAGCUGGACAAGGACUCCUCUAUCUCUGCCAAGGUGAACAAUGCCAGCCUUAUCGGAGUGGGAUACACACAGAGUCUGAGGCCAGGUGUGAAGCUCACCCUCUCGGCUCUCAUCGAUGGGAAGAACUUCAGCGCCGGAGGUCACAAGGCCGGUCUGGGCUUUGAGCUGGAUGUCUAAACCAGAUGAGAAAAGAGAAGAGGAGGAGGAGAGGAAAUGGAGGGAAGCGUUAGAGGAGAUUAGAGGGAGAGGACAGGAGACGCAUGGGUGAAAAAAAAGCGAAAGACCACAGAAUCAAGCCACGCCACUCAGAAAUGUGCAACAGUAAAAAAAAAAUGAAAACAAAAAAUCGAAACCCUCUCUGUCCCUCUUCGCACCUGUAUUCAUACCCUCUCACACACACAUAACUCACAUACAAACAACCUACGCACACAUACACAGAUUUUGGGCCUUAACCCUUUGUGACUUGCCACUUUCCACGUAAAAAACAGAGCACCUGUCUUGAAAACGGUACUGUCAUGGUUACGCCCCCCAUCAGUACCAUCUCCAUAGUAACAGUGCCAUGCUGUUUGCAACUCAUACCACAUGUCCACAGCAAUAGUAAACUGGAUUAUUCCUUCUACACAUAUGGGACAUGCAUACUAGCAUACAGACACUCAUGCACUCACCACACAUACACACACACACACACACACACACACACACGCACACACACACAUUUUGACCGUCAUGUCUGUGUCGACUUGCCCCACUACAAAAUGAGUGUGUUCCUUCACCUUGUUUAUUGUUGACAUUCAUUCAUGAAUAGUAACCACGUCACAGAGUACGUGUGUGAGUGAGUGUGUGUGUGUGCAUGUGGUUCAUUCAUUUUAAUCUUUUUUUGACUUGAACUUGUGUGUCCAUGGUGAAUGCAUAUAACACCUUGGGGAGACUCCUAAUCAACAGUUCUGGGGGAAAAAAAGAAUAAUAAUAGCAAAGAAUAAUAAUAUAAUAAUAUAUAUGAAAUCCACCUCCAUUAUUCCUCAUAUCCUCACCAGACAUAUCAAGGCCAUGGGUUUAGUUAGUUACCAUGCCAACCAACAAACACCAUGCACUCUGACCUCAGACGGUGGCCUCGGGUCAUGUGACCAGGAAGUAGUAGUUUUCUCCCAUGGACAUGUGUAGAUGAUGUCUAUGGUUGUUGCCUGUUGGGAAACGCUGACACGCACACUCUCAGACCCCCCAAAACUCUGACCUGUGUUGUUGGUUAGCGUUAGUAUCCCUCGAUCUGGUGUGUCUUGUUGUGCCCUGCUGUGUUGUGGGGAGAAUGAGCAAGUGGGAAGAAGGUGGCCAUCUUGGAACCAUCAUCCACUACUACCCCACUCGGUGCUCUCUCCCAUCCUGACCACUUUAGAACCAACUGGGCUCCUUCUUGUUUUCUUCUAUCUCUGCCAAAAAAAACAAACAAACAAAAUAACUGCAUCCUUUUUAACCUCUUUGUGCCGUGUUCCUUAGAGGCAGUUGGUGGGGUGGGUGGUAGGCUAGCGCCUCGUUUGGGGAGGGGUAGAGUUUGUCAUUGAUUGUCAUGUUGUUUGUUAGGAAGGCCGCGUACAUUAUAAUCGUGGACUUUUCCUAUUGUCACAUUCUUUUUUUGUUUUCUUCUGUUUUCAUCUGCAUCUUUUCAUCUUGUUUUCUUGCGUGUCUCUCUUUGUCAUUUCUUUUGGACCCUAAGCACUGUAUUCUGUGUGACUGUGUCGUGUUGGGCUUUGCCGUAGCUUCACAUGAGCUCUGUCUCGUGUUGAUCAGAAGGAAUCUUGUUAUAAUAAAGAAGAAUGUCAAACACUCA